UCUUAACACUUUGCAAUGUCAAGGCAGCUUCGUGUUCCGGACGUCAAGCGCAUCAACUCUGAGCUCUUCACGCUGACGUACGGCUCGCUCGUCGCGCAGCUCAUCAAGGACUUUGAGGACGACGAGGAGGUCAACAAGCAGCUCGAGAAGAUGGGCUACAAUAUUGGCAUCCGUCUCAUUGAAGAGUUCCUCGCGCGAACGAAUACGGGCAAGUGCCAGGACCUCAAAGAGACGGCCGAAGUCAUUUCCAAGGUCGGAUUUAAAAUGUUCCUGGGCAUCACACCGACAGUCACUGGCUGGGAUGCAGAGGGCCGAGAAUUCUCGCUCAUGUUUGACGAAAACCCCCUGACCGAGUUUGUCGAGUUGCCCGAGUCACACAAGCAGUUGCGGUACUCGAAUAUCCUAUGCGGCGUCCUACGAGGCGCCUUGCAGAUGAUCCACAUGAAGGUUGAGACUGAAUUCGUGCGAGACACAUUGCGAGGAGACGACGCCACGGAAAUGCGCAUUCGCCUGCUCGAAAUUUUGCAAGACCAAGCGCCACCCGGUGAAGAUUAACCGCAGACGAGCGCAAAGCCUAUGCUCGUGCUUGCUUUUUGUACAUGUCAAAAAUCAAAAAUAUUGUGUGAACUUUUUCCCGA